AUCUCAGCUAGGAAGAAGUUUAGGUACUACUAGUUGAUACAGGAAUACCUCUCCAGUGGUUAGUGGUGACAUGUAUGAGAAAAGAAAUAGUUGUAGCCAUCCUACCUGAUUUUGUGUAGAAAACACAUACAGCUUGUACAGUACCUUCGCCAGGAGGAAUUGACUUUAUCCGGAUAUUCACUGUUUUUUCGUUUUCUGUUCUAUUUCCUUUUCUUUCGUUUCCGUUUCUCGUCAUUGUCUCGAGUUAAAAACUUCACCUAUGUCGCAAAUGAAACACCAACACACCAUCAAACAUACGGUACAGUAGGUAUCUGCCUGGAAAUAUAUACCGUCUACUGUACCACCGCCAUCACCAUCAUUGUCACUAUUGGCAGCGGUCGCAGCAGCAAAGCGGUAAAAGCAGAAGCAGAAGCACAUUCCGUCCGCAAGCAAGCAAAAUGCCGCCCACGAUUCCCCCACCGCUAGCAGCCUAUAUCACCGAUUGUCUCGCGCCGCCUGAGCCAGUACGAUCACGACAGCAACGUCCACCACGAGCGCAUACACAGACACUGGUGACUUCGGUUCUCGAGACGCCGGCCCCUUGGCUCCUCCUGCGCCUGGUCUACGCGGCUCUCUAUGGCGUCGAGGACACUGAUGACCACCACCAACAGCAACGGCCACAGCAGGGCCGGCGGCAUGUGAUUUUCGUGAGUCUAUUGAGGCCAUUGGGUCUAUGGGUGGAAAUGGGGAAGAAAAUGGGCCUAGAUAUCCCAUCUCUCCUGAAGACUCGGCGACUUAUCUACGUUGACGGACUUCUCACGCAUGGAAGUGUAACCACAGCGCGAAACUCGAGCUCUGGUCCUGUGUCUGGAGGAGGCGGCGGCGGGGACGAUGCCGCCCAACAAUUACCGAUGGUGAGACUCGGGGCUCUCGACUUGAAAGGUGUCAGGGAGACUUUGGACGAUGUUCUGAAGAGGUCCUUUGCACCUUCUUCCACAUCCACUUCUACCUCUACCUCUGCUUCCGGCUCUGCAUCUACCAUGGGAUCGCGGCCGGGGCUACACGCGCCUUUGAGAACACCGACGAUAACCCCUGAUGCCAGAACAGGCCCUUCGCCCCGUAUUCCCACCAGUGGUGCCGGGGUUGGACUUACAUCUACUUCUACAUCUGCACCUUUGGGCCCGGAGGAGUCGUCGUUGUCGUCUUCGAGUACCGAACAGCCCCCCAUUAUCCUGAUCGACGGCAUCGACUUCCUGCUGGCCGCACAGUCCGCUUCGACAGUGGAGCUACUCUCAUUUCUCGCGACGGUGCGCGCGAAAAGCCAUGCUGUCAUACUGUCCUGCCAGGCCGACGCGCCAUUACUGCACAGCGCUUAUGGGGCGAGUUCGGGAACGGGUACGGGUACGGGUACGACGAGUGCAGAAACGCCAGUGGAGCGAAACCAUGCCCAUGUGCUCAGUAGCCUUGCACACUCGAGCCGGCGGGUGUUCCAACUUCGGGGACUCGACACAGGCAGUGCGAAGGAUGUGUCGGGAGUGGUCAGGGUCAGUAGGGGAGGCGCUGUGGAAGCUGAUGAUGAUGAUGAUGAUGGGGACGGUACCGAUGGUGAUGGUGGUAGUGAUGGUACCAAUGAUGUGGUGAACAGACGAAACAAUGCAACGUCUCGUUCGACGCAGAACCUGGACGACUUGGUGGAUGGGGAGUGGCUUUAUCAGCUGAAAGGUGAUGGUUCGGUUAGAGUCUGGGCUCGUGGUGAAUAGUAGUAAUUGAUACUGUACAAAAAGAAAAACAACUUUUAACAAUGAAAGGGUGAAUCCAG